UGAGCAGUUUACUUGUGCACAUAGCUGCACAAACCCACAGCAUACACACAGCUCUCGGCUGCUGGUGGUCUCUGAGGUGCUGGGAUACCUCCUGCCUACAACAAAAGGACUGAUCCUCACUCAGAGAUGAAAGCAGUACCCUAACCCACAGUACUGGCUAUCUUGAAAGAAUUGAUACUUAAGAAUGGUGGGAUUCACAGACAUCAGAAUGAGGGAAUUUUCACAGCUAAGACUGCAGUCUGUUACUAGGUUCUUGGUGUUUGCUUUGCUGGUAAUCCUGUUUGCUGAGAACGUUCAUUCUGGUGGUAAAUCAUAUACAGGACCCUGUGGAGGAAGAGACUGCAGUGAAGGAUGUCAGUGUCUGCCAGAGAAAGGAGGCCGCGGACAACCAGGUGCUCUCGGAAAUCAGGGACCUUCUGGGCCUCCAGGACUUAUUGGAGUAGCUGGUUUACCAGGGCGUAAAGGAGACAAAGGAGAAAGAGGCCAUCCAGGAGUGAGCGGACCACUAGGAGAUCCGGGUCAAAGAGGUGUCACUGGUUUCCCUGGAGCAGAUGGUGUUCCUGGUCAUACAGGACAGGGUGGCCCUAGAGGAAAACCAGGUCACGACGGUUGCAAUGGAACUCAUGGUGAUGCUGGUGAGGCUGGGGCUCGUGGACCAAGAGGCCCGCCUGGAAUAUCUGGUGGGUUAGGUCUCAAAGGUCAACAAGGUGAUCCUAUCUUUAUAUCGCAAGAUAUAAUAAAGAAAUAUAGGGGUGAGCCUGGUGAACCAGGAUUUCCUGGUGUGUUGGGCCCCGAAGGUUUUCCAGGAGUUAAGGGUUUCGUUGGGCCUAUAGGUCCUGUAGGAUUACCAGGACCACCUGGACCCCCUGGACCACCGGGACCCCAAGGUGUUAAUGGAUUGGGCCAUCCUGGAGAAAAAGGAGAUCCGGGAGAUUCUGGCCCUGAUGGUCCCCAGGGUCUUCCAUUCACAGAGGGGAAGCCUACAGAAGAUGUGUUCCAGGCUGAAAAAGGUGACAAAGGAGAAAAAGGAGAACUUGGACCUCAAGGAUCAUCAGGUUUAGGGGAAAAGGGAGAAGAGGGCAUCAUGGGAUUUCCAGGACUGAGGGGCCUGCCAGGACUUAAUGGUUUUUCAGGAGAUUCAGGAAGCACGGGAUAUCCUGGAACUCCAGGCACUCAUGGAACCCCUGGGUUUAAAGGACCGAAGGGAGUGCAAGGAGAAAGAGGCACUCAAGGUCCAGUCACUUAUGUUAAACAACCGGCAACAAGGAAAGGUUCAAGGGGUGAUUUUGGUUUUCCUGGAUUAAUUGGUAUUGCUGGAGAUCCUGGAGAGAGGGGGGAUCCUGGUUUGCCAGGCUUGCCAGGAUUAUCAACUCCAUUACCAGGACAACCUGGAGUGCCAGGUUUGAAAGGUGAGCAAGGCUUUAAAGGAUCCCAAGGAGAGCCUGGCUUUCCAGCAUUCCAGCCUGGCCCACCCGGUGUGGACGGACAACCUGGCCAACAGGGACCUCCUGGUGCUCCUGGAUAUCCAGGUGGACGUAUUGGGAGAAAAGGAUCAAUUGGAUAUAAGGGAUCGGAUGGAGCAACAGGCAUUCCUGGUUUCCCAGGUUUCAAGGGGCAUAAAGGGGAUAAAGGGGAUUGUCAGUGCCCAAUAAGCGAUGAGGCUUUAAGAGGCCCAGCCGGGGAGCCAGGUCCUGUGGGUUUUCCAGGAAUUCAAGGCAUACAGGGCAAAAAAGGAGAAAUGGGGGAUAGAGGUGGUCCAGGCAUUCCAGGUGCUCCUGGUAUUCAGGGUCUUCCUGGUGUGAACGGGCUUAAUGGCUUACCUGGUGAGAAAGGGGAUCUAGUGAGGGCCACUGAAAAAGGUGCUAAAGGGGAACUCGGUGAAUCUGGUAUAAUUGGUGCUGCUGGACGUGAUGGUUUUCCUGGAUUGCCAGGGAAUGAGGGAAAUCCUGGUCUGCCUGGUCCUCCUGGUGAUGGUGUCAAAGGUAUCCCUGGUGACCCUGGGCUUCCUGGACUACAGGGUGUUAAAGGUUUUCAAGGAGAGAUUGGAGUACCAGGACCAGGGCUACCAGGUCCAAAAGGUGUGCGUGGGAUAACAGGUAACCCUGGAUUUAAUGGAGCACCAGGAAUUCCAGGACUUCCAGGUCCACAAGGUGAUUGCUACCGUGAGUCUGAUGAAGAGAACGAAAUUGGCAGUCAAGCUUCUGGCUGUGUGCUAGUUGCGCCUCCAGCUCCUGCUGGUGCUCGAGGACAACCAGGACUACCAGGAUUCAAUGGUAUUAGAGGUCCACCAGGAGUUUUUGGAGAACAAGGUACAGAUGGACCCCAGGGUUUCAAAGGAAACAAAGGUGAUGCUGGAAUUGACAGUUUACCUGGUCCACAAGGCUUCCCUGGGCCCAGGGGGGCAAGAGGAAAUCCUGGAUUAACUGGACUACCAGGGCCGCCAGGUACUACAGGAAAACCUGGCUUAAAAGGGGCUGAUGGAGAGAAAGGUGUCCCAGGUGACAUAUUAGGAGCACCAUCAGGAGACCGUGGAGAUACUGGUCUACCAGGAUUCCAAGGACAAAAGGGAAAACAAGGAGAUCAAGGCAUGCCAGGGUUAAAAGGCGGUGAUGGUAGACCUGGCAUAUCUGGAUUUAAAGGAAUUCAAGGUGAUCAAGGAAUACCAGGUGCCCCUGGUUUUCCAGGACCUCCAGCAACAUUUGGAUUCCCAGGAAUGCCUGGAAAUCAAGGAGGACGUGGCCGACCUGGUGUUAAUGGACUUCAAGGUCUGCCUGGGGAGAGAGGUGAUGUGGGAGAGCAAGGACCACCUGGUCCAGUUGGAAUGAAGGGUCUACUGGGUGACAAAGGAGAUCCUGGAUUUAUAGGCAUUAGGGGUAAACCAGGUGACCCAGGCUUUCCUGGCUUGGACGGAAUGCAUGGCCUUCCUGGUAUUAAAGGUGAUAAAGGCUCUCCAGGAAUGGAAGGCUUCCACGGAAUGAAAGGUGUGAAAGGGAGGCCAGCAUGGAGUGGACCAAAGGGAGAGGCUGGAAACAUUGGAUUUCCAGGAAUAAAAGGAGUUAAAGGAAUUGAAGGAAAAAAGGGUGAACGAGGUGAACCUGGAAAACCAGGAGGAAUAGUAAUCAUGCCUAAUUCUGAGAAGGUAAAAGGUGAAAAAGGCGAUAUAGGUAUCCCUGGAUUUAAAGGGAUUACUGGAGAAAAGGGUAUUAAGGGAAUGCCAGGACAUCCUGGUGAGCCGGGUCAUCCAGGGUCGCCUGGAAUACGAAACUACAGUUAUGGGGAUAAAGGGGAAGCUGGUGCAAUAGGUACUUCAGGCCAACAAGGAGGUACGGGGCAAACUGGCCCCCCUGGCAUGCGUGGUUUUCCAGGAUUUCCAGGUCCAAGGGGUUCUCAAGGGUUUCCUGGUGCGUUUGGCCUGCCAGGAGAGAGGGGCACAUUUGGAGAUAAAGGUUCCAGAGGAGACACUAUAGAUAUCCCUGGAGAAAGAGGACUGGAGGGUGUGCCAGGUGAUAGUGGACUACAAGGACGCAAAGGAAUUCCUGGGGAAAAAGGAAUAGUUGGAGAUUUUGGUUUUCCUGGAAUUGAAGGAAUGAAGGGAGAAAUCGGACAACCAGGAGAAAAAGGACAAGCAGGCUUUCAUGGUUCAGUGGGUACUCCAGGGUCUCAGGGAGAUCCAGGUUAUCCAGGCAGUCCGGGAGAUAAAGGAAGUACUGGGAAGCCUGGACUACCAGGUCUCCAAGGUUUCCCUGGCUUCAGAGGUAUCACUGGACUGGACGGCUUACCUGGUAACAAAGGUUUUCAGGGAACACCAGGAGCUGAUAUCAUAGGUGUAAAGGGAUUCAAAGGUAUCGACGGUGAAAAGGGGGAACCAGGAGAACAAAGUGCAGCAAUAGGAAUUCCAGGACUUCCAGGUGCCAAAGGAACCAGAGGAGAACCAGGGGCACGUGGCAUAACCGGCCUUCCAGGAUUCAAUGGUGAACAAGGAAUUCCUGGAGUUUCCAACCGAACUGGAAUACCUGGGGACAAGGGAUCUCCAGGAUUACCUGGUUUAUUAGGUUUCCCUGGACCUAAAGGAAGACCAGGCUUAUCAGCUAACCCUGGUGUAAAAGGAGAGACAGGUCCAGAUGGGUUGCAAGGGGCUGAUGGAUCUAAAGGUAUUCCUGGUGAUAGAGGACAGCCGGGUUUUUCUGGUGUUUCUGGCUUACUUGGAGCAAAAGGCCAGAAAGGUGAACAAGGCCUUAUGGGAUUUCAUGGUGGAACAGGUUUCACAGGGGAGAGGGGACCUAAAGGUCCCAGAGGGGACAAAGGAGCUACUGGACUACAGGGUCCUCAAGGAUCGGCAGGGUCUAGUCCUCCACCCCUGAAUAUUGUAGCUGAGCCAGGUCCUUCUGGUAUACAUGGAAUUGUUGGCCCUGAAGGCGUUAGAGGGCAGAUGGGACCCAAGGGCCCAGUGGGUGACCAAGGUUUCAGCGGCCCAACUGGUAAAGAGGGACUACCAGGUUUAGCAGGCUGGCCAGCUUCUCCUGGCUCCCGAGGAGAACAAGGACUAAUGGGACAAAGAGGCCCUGUUGGAUUAAAAGGCACACCUGGCCAGCCUGGCACUCCUGGCCUCCCUGGUAUGCCUGGAAGAAAUGUCAAUAUUGGAUAUCUACUUGUAAAGCACAGCCAAUCUGACGAUGAGCCAAUGUGUCCAAUUGGCAUGGGAAAACUAUGGAGUGGAUACAGUUUGCUGUAUUUUGAGGGGCAGGAAAAAGCACACAACCAAGACCUUGGCCUUGCAGGGUCUUGUUUACAGCGGUUCAGUACAAUGCCAUUCCUCUACUGCAACCCUGGAGACCUGUGUUAUUAUGCCAGCCGUAAUGAUAAAUCCUACUGGCUUUCCACCACUGCAUCUCUGCCAAUGAUGCCAGUUGUUGAAGAUGAAAUUAAGCCUUACAUAAGUCGCUGCACUGUCUGCGAAGCUCCAGCAGUUGCUGUUGCCGUUCAUAGUCAAGACACCUCCAUUCCCCAUUGCCCAGAAGGCUGGAGAAGUUUAUGGAUUGGAUAUUCAUUUCUCAUGCACACCGCAGCAGGCGACGAGGGAGGCGGACAAUCUCUUUCUUCUCCAGGAAGCUGUUUAGAGGACUUCAGGGCAACUCCAUUUAUUGAAUGCAAUGGUGCCCGUGGCACUUGCCACUACUUUGCAAAUAAAUAUAGCUUCUGGCUAACUACAAUUGAUCGCAGUUUCCAGAGUUCCCCAUCUGCCGAUACUCUGAAAGCAGGGCUGAUCCGAACUCACAUCAGUCGGUGCCAAGUCUGUAUGAAGAAUUUGUAAAAGAAAAAAAUAUUUUCAUUCCUAUCUUUAUGUAAAAAAAAAAUAACACUAAACAAAAAUUUGUAUUGGUGCUCAUUAUUAACUUAUUACCUCACAGAGUAGACAUUGAUAUGAUUUUGUUUUUUUAAAUAUUUGUCUGACUUUCAUCUACUGGUUAUUUUUACACAACAUAAUCUUAAAAAUUAUUUGAUAUGGCAUUAUAGUAGUUAUUAGUAGAAAGAAAAAUGUCAAAGGUAACAACAUAGCACUGUAUAAAUCAUAUUUACAUAAACAUGUAAGAAAUAUGGAGUUAUACAUUUUUACAUUCAACUAAAAUAUAUUUAUAAAACCUACAUUACCACACAUUGUAUUAUUAUUAAUACAGGGAGAAAGGUGGAACUAGUUUAGUGAUAGCAACAUAUGAUAGCAACAAUGGGAUUUAUUCAAUUUUUAACCCAGAACAUGUAUCAUGUUAAUGUACUUCCAUUAAAUCAAGAGCAAAAUCAAAAUGAAACUUUCAGGAUUCAGAUAGAGAACGCAAUUUUAAAAUCUAUCACUAAAUGGCUUUGUUCUCUUGAUAUCCUUUAUGGAAGAGUAAACCUAGCUAGGCUUAGUGGUGUGCAUGUCUUUAGCAUUCUAUGGCAGUGGUGUUUGUAACAAUGUAUAAUAUUGCUACAAUCAGGGUUGCAAAUAUUGCUGCCAUAGAGAACUAAAGAUGUGCACUUGUGCACGCUUCUGAGCUACAACGAGACUACCUAGUAUUACUCUUCAACAAAGGAUACCAAAAGAAGUAAAUUGAGAAGUUUUUUAAAAAUGUUAUCUCAUUAUUUUUCUAUUUUAAUACUCUCUUCCUAACCCAGUGGAUUUUUAUACGUUUGCUGUGGUUUAAGAUAGGGGUUUUUAGAGACGCUAUAGCUGCCCUUUUUCUGACUUACCCUGCAGGUUUUAAUACUUUAACAGACUAAUUGGGACGGCCAGUCAAAAUGGCUGUGUGGCAUCAUAGUACAUUAGACAAUUUAACUAUUUCUGUCCUAGAAGUACAAAUAAAACACAUAUAUAAUCUAUAUGCUUACAUACUGUAUAUUAAGAGAAAUGCCAUAAUGUAAAUUUAAAAAAAAAUCUUAUAAAGGAAAAAACUGUGUAAAAUCAUUAGUCAAGAGGUUUCCAACAAUGAAUUAUCUUUUCUAAUAUAAGCUAUUGUAAAUGUAAUAAUGUGUUUAAAGCAAUACAUAGAUUCACAUUUUCAUAAAAACAUUAGAUAUUGCAGUGAAUUUGCUUUCACAGUAAUGUUAUUGGAUAUAUACCCUGAUGUGUGGUGUCUUAUUUCAGCAUUCUAGCCAAAACCGUAACAAAGAACAUAUAUUGUUCCUUGUAAUAUACAAAAUCGCACAUCACAUGAUGCAAUAAUAAUUUUGUUCUUAAAUGAACAAAGUACAAACUUACAUUUGCUUCCCCCCAGGUGUGUGGUGAUGUAACAAGAUGAUUAAAUGUCACACAAUAGAAAGUACCUUGUACACAAAGCUUUUGUGUUCUUGAAUAGGUACAUUCAUACAAUGCACAGGCGAUGUGAUGCAGAGCAAGUUUUUAUAAAACUGUUUUUAUGUAAAGAACCCAAUAUCGGCCUUCCAUUUCAAAAGUAUUUUUACUGUUCUUUUUAUCUGUAUGUGACUAAAUAUAAAACUGAAAAAAGAAAUACACAAUAAUGAUGUACAUGUACUAUUAAGUCUGUGUACCACAACUUAAGCAGGUAACACUCAGAUUCCCUUAUAAUUUUUUUAUUUAUUUAAAAGGGACAUGUUACCCAAAUGUUGAAGCACUUGAAAGUGAUGCAGCAUAGCAGUAAAAUGCUGACUAGAAAAUAUCACCUGGACAUCUCUAUGUAAAAAAGGGAGAUAUUUUACUUAAAAAUUUCCAAAGUAGCCGCAUCCCAUUGUAAAAAGGACUUUAAGCAGCCAAUCAGGAUAUUAGUCUCAGGACUUGCAAGGUAGCAUGCAUCUGGCAUGUGCAGACACAGUCAUCUUCUUUCCCUUCUCCAGUUUAAGAAGUUUACUAUGAAAUCUCUCUAGAUUUCAGUGAAAUCUCAUAAGAUCACAGUAAAGCUAAGCAUGACCUCAGCUGAUUGGCUAUUGUCUUUUUUUUAUAAACCCACUGGUGGGCACUAGUUGAAGGAUAACUGUUCACAUAUAACUUACUAUUGUGAGCUGAAUACAUUUUACAUAGUGAUGGUCAUGUAAUAUUUUCUUGUCAGCUUUUUACAGUUAUGUUGCUUCACUUUCAAGUUAUUUAGCAUAUAAGUAGUAUGUCCCUUUAAUGUACAUUAUGGGUUAGAUUUAUGUAUACAUAUUUAUAACAAUGGAUUUGGUGAGAAAAACAGAAAAUAUAUCUGUCUGUAUCUUGCAGUGACAACAGCAUUAAGAAAGUCUAAUGAACAAUGUGAAACAUUUGCACAAUAAAAAAAUAAAUAAAACAAAUUAUUUAAUGACUAGGCCACUGUUCAUAUUACCCUAUUCAGGGUAAAUCAUAGCAAAAUGCAAUACUCCCAGUACCCAUAAGAGGGAAUCUCCAUUUCAAGUAUUUUUACAACGAAUUGUUAAGAAAACAGAACCUUGCAGAAUUUGAUUAUACAUAUCAUUGGCCUUCUAUACCUUCUGUAAAUAGUACAGCUCUGUAGCUAGCAGCAGAAUAUGCAUCUUAUGUAUCAUACAAUAUUUCUAUUACAGCUAUUACAUUACUGAAGGAAACAGCGAAAAAACAAAUAUUGUAUUAUACUCACUGUUUGUGCUAAAAUCUUAUAAAUAAUUAUAACACUGCAUUUAAACAUGAUUAUGGUACCUAAAGGUACAUAAUGGUUCCAUUACCCAAAAAUGACAAAACAAAAUACAAAUCAAAACUGCAAACAAAUAUUACUGCUUGAGCUCACAAGCAACAAAUAUCUAGAAAUGACUUUUUGUUUUUUCACCUAAUCAUCACAAAUAAAAGCUGCACUAUCCCCAUGAAACAAUAUAGGAUGCUUGAUUAACAUGAUUACAGACAAUUACUUAGAGCUAUAUGUGUAAGGGUAAAUGUGAAGCAAUUUUGGUUUUAAAUAACUGCACUGUUAGGAAUCAACAUUUUUUUCUCUUUUAUAUAUGUUCUAGAAUUGAUUUUCUUUUGCCUUUAUACAUGUGUUCUCAUUCUUUUCCUCUUUAUAAAGUACCUUGUUGUUACAGAUAAAAAUAAAACAUUUUUUUACAUAUUUAAUGCAUUGUUUGCCUGUACUAGAAUAAACGUUCAUUUUGAUGUAAAAAAUAUUUUGUUGUACACCAUCUACUUGAAAUACAUAUGAUAUAAAGCACAAACUACACAUAUUCAUUGUGAUUUACUGACUCAAAAUAGCUUUUUAUAUGAAUAUAGUUUGUAAUAAAUAUACAAAAUGGGACCUAUGGCUUCUGUGCUGUACAAAAAAAAGACACCCAAAUUAUGUUUUGUUCAACACCAGGGUUAACAUGACUAUGCAAUUUUAAAGUUAUUUAAAAAUCCUAAAGAGACAUAUAUGUAAUGUUCAUCCUGCAUUUUAGAUUCAAGCUAUACAAAGCAAUUAAUCAGUCAUAUAUUGUGUUUAAAGGACCUCUAUCCUAGAUCACAGUAAGUCCUGUCAAUCAAGCUAGGCCCUGGUGUAAGCACUCAUGCACACACAAGGUUACUUUCCCUCGCUGGCCUUGCACAGAGACAAGCAGGCCUCAUUCAGACUAUUUCCUGUAUGCCCAGCUUGAUUGACAGGGUAGACUUUGUGAUAGCAGUUACUUUCAGAAGAUAAAAACUGUAAAAGGUGGUACAAUUUCUAAACCAAAUUUUUUUAGAAUUUAUAAUUUUGUAGAUUGUCUAUAUAACAGGAACAUGCACUUUUUCUGUCCAUUCAUUUAACAUAUGGUCAACUAUAUACUUCUGACAGGUGUAUGAUGAUGGUACAGAAACAGUUAUCAACCCACAGUAUUCUGCUUACAAUACAGUGUUAUUGCAAUUACCAUCUGUCGUGUGUUUUUCGAGGGUGCCAAGUUUUCUAUUUUUGCUGUAAUUAUCAUGAAUAAAAACUCUUUAUUUUAUAA